AUGGCUUCUGCUACUGAGUCCACAAACUGUGAAGAGAAACAGCUUCCUAAUAAGAGAGAAACUAUGACCUGGAAGCCCAGAAAAGGUAAGCUUAAAAUAGUAGGGCAAAACAAAGCAGAUGAGUAUUUGCUGAAGAAUAUUCCAAAAGCACUUGAUAGCGAGUCUGAAGAAGGAGAAUUCUCUGAUAGCUCUCACAAUGAAAGCAAUGACCUUGGCUCCUCUGUUGACUGUGUUCAUACAUGUGCUGAUGGGGAAGACUUUGACAGUGAAGCCUCCAGUGUGCCUGAGACUGUGGCUUUUCCAGAGCUGCAGCCUGCUCCUGUGCAUGAGCCAGAGGACUGGGAUAAAGAACUGGAGGAAUCUGGAUGUAGUCCUUACGAUGCUGAUGAUCUCUACUGUGGAAGCUUUCAGGAAAAUAAUCUUCUAGCCUCAUACUCGUGGCAAGAGGACUGGUUUUACAACCCAGGCUGUCACCAUGCAGCUUGCGUUGCUUUUGCCCCUCCAGUCAGAGUGACCGAGGCUGGCCAGUUUGACGAUGCUGAUGAAUGA